AUGGUCGCACAUUCAACAGACGACGAUACUGUUGCGCCAAGCGUCAACGCGCCCGACAUGGAUAGCAAGGAGAAAGUCGCCUCGGGCGUUGAACAGCCUAUCGACGAGCCUGCACAAUUGGCAAAGGUUGUGUCGCGUGGAGGAAAUCCGCCAGAAGAAGAGAUUGUUUAUCCAAGUGGUGCUAAGGUUCUUCUGAUUCUCGUUGGUUUGAUGUUGGCGGUGUUCUUGGUUGCCCUAGAUCAAACUAUUAUCGCAACCGCAAUUCCUAAGAUCACAGAUCGAUUCAAGUCUAUCGAUGACAUUGGUUGGUACGGCAGUGCAUACUUUCUGACCUCCACGGCUUUGCAACCUACAUUCGGUCGUAUCUAUAAAAUUUUCAGCAUCAAGGGAACCUUUCUUGUAGCUAUCUUCCUCUUCGAGGUUGGUUCAUUGGUUUGCGGUAUUGCACCAAACAGUACUUCUCUAAUCAUUGGGCGUGCGAUUGCUGGUCUUGGUGUCGGCGGUAUCUUUUCCGGUGGCAUCGUUAUCCUCGCAUAUGUUUUACCCCUCGAAAAGAGGCCUUUGGCCUUCGCUUCAAUUGCCUCUAUGUGGGGUAUUGCGAGUAUUGUCGGCCCUUUGCUCGGUGGUGCGUUUACCGACCAUGUUUCAUGGAGGUGGUGCUUCUAUAUCAAUCUUCCACUAGGCGUAAUUUCGGUUGCUGUUGUCCUAUUGGUUCUCAAGAUUCCUCGUGAGGCCAAUCCGGAAGGCUUGACUGUUCUAGAACGUGUUCGCCAACUUGACUUAAUUGGUGCCGCUAUUUUGAUCCCGGCCGUCGUUUCCCUUCUUCUUGCUCUUCAAUGGGGAGGUGUCACCUAUCCUUGGAAUAACGCUAAAAUCAUUGGUCUCUUCGUCUGCUUCGGCGGUCUGAUCAUUAUUUUCAUCUUUUCACAAUGGAAGCUUGGUGAAGCUGCGACACUUCCUCCCAGGAUCUUGAAACAGCGGACGGUUCUUUCCAGUUUAAUUUUCGCGUGCUUCUUUGGAGCAGCUUUCUUCGUAGAUGUUUACUACCUUCCUAUUUACUUCCAAUCUGUCAAGGGAUCGAGCGCCACAAAAUCCGGCAUCCAAGUUCUCCCGAUCCUUCUCAGUUGUGUGCUAUCAAGUAUUGUUUCGGGAGGUUUAAUAACUGCUCUUGGAUAUUAUACUCCUUUCUUGAUUGGAGGCAUGCUCCUGUAUGCGGUUGGUGCGGGUCUCAUAACGACAUUUGAUGUCGACACAAAAUCUGCUCAUUGGAUUGGAUAUCAGGUUAUUGCGGGUCUAGGUGUGGGCGUGGGUUUCCAAGUUCCGAUUCUUGCUGUCCAGACCGUCUUGCACAUUGAUGACAUCCCGGUUGGAACGGCUAUUAUUACUUUCUUCCAAUCUCUGGGCGGCGCUCUUUUCAUCUCGGUCGGCCAGAAUAUUUUCUCAAACGGACUGAAAGAGGGUCUCGAACGCUAUAUCCCCGAGGUCCCAUCGAGCGUAUUCCUUCUCUCCGGUGCUACUGAGAUCAAGGACGUUCUUGCCAGCCUUGGGCUGCAGGACAGGCUUCCAGAUGUGCGAAAGUCUUAUAUGGUCGGCUUGAAGGAUACAUAUAGGCUCGAUGUGGCACUUGCAUGCUGCGCGUUUGUCGCUGCGUGUUUCCUUGAAUGGAAAAAUAUCAAGGCGGAGAAGGAAAAGAAGGAGGCGGAGGCAAAAGAGAAAGGCAUCCACUUGGAGCCCGCGAUCGCUGUUUAA